UUGUUCAAUUAAACCAUGGCAACCCCACAUUGCGUAAUUGCUAGGAAGACUAGAAAAGAAGAUCUAGGUGCUGUUUUAGAAAUGAUACAGGAACUGGCAGACUUUGAAAAAAUGUCCGAUGGACCGCAGCUGACGGUAGAAGACUUGAUCCGGGAUGGAGGAUUCGACGAAGAUCAAUCAACAAAGACGCCAGUAUUUCAUAGCUUUGUGCUCGAACUCACGGACCCGGUCCAGACUGGGGAAAAUGAAGAAAUUCGAACGUCAUCUACGUCUGGCAGUGACCUUUCGACCCGCACCAAAUUGAUUGGUUACGCGAUCUGCUUCUACUCGUACUCUACGUGGCAAGGCAAGGCGUUCUUCCUGGAGGACAUCUACGUUAAGCCGGACUAUCGAAGCCAUGGCUACGGCAAGCUACUGUUCACCACUCUGGUGCACCAUGCGCGGGAAAAUGGCUGCUCUCGAUUCGACUUCCACGUGCUCGCAUGGAACCCGGCGAAAAAGUUCUACCACGGGAUGGGAGCAGAGAACCUGACCGAAACCGAAGAAUGGGAAUUCUUCCGGUUGACUCGAGAUAAAAUGGACAAACUGUGCGAGAACUCAGUAAAGUAGUUUUGGGAGGCAAUU